ACCAGCUUCAUGUUUCGCUCAGUUCUGGUGUUAUUUUGUAUAGAAUGUACGAUACAGUUGUGGUAUACACAGUGUAGGCUACAUUUUUGCCUGCACUAACACAUCCGGUAUUUCUGGAGAGGUAGACAUGUAAAAUGGCCUCAGGAGUAGGCUGUGCUCCAGGAAAUGACCAGUAAUGUUCUCCGCCUCAACACAGAGUCGGAGACAGACAGACAGACAAAUCACAUUCACUACUUCACAGCGCUUUCUUUUUCUUAUCCCGAGACGAUGGACUACACGGGGAUUAAAGUCUCGGAGUGAAACUCAAAGAUGCAGGUGUCUAUAGCACGGGUUUGCAUGGUUGUGGCAGCUGCCAUUCUCAACCAUCCACUGCUUUUUCCUAAGGAAAACACUACUAUCCCAGAAGAGGAAGACGAUGUUUUGGCACGAAUGAAGGAGCAUGAGGCGAAGCUGCAAGCUGAACAAGAACGCCUUGAACAGGAGAUCUCAAAGGCAGAUCAAGAAGCAACAAAUUCUGGCAUUGACUACUAUGGUUGGUACUUUUGGAGUACAAUUUCUCUUGUCAUUUUCUUUACUAUUGAAGUUUGUAGACAGGAUACAACACCUUGUGAAACAUCUGAGCAUGUUGAAGAUGAAGAAAGGUACACCAACAGUGGGUCCGCCAGUCCUAAGAGUCUGAUCUUAGAUAAAGGUGCCCUAAGCAACCUCUGUGAGACCAGCUUCCAGCCCUUUGUUCAUGAAUGUGGGAGAGUGCAGGAGUUUGUUGAAGGCUUUGCAGAUGACCUGCUGGAAGCUUUGAGAAGCAUUUGUGACCAUGAGGUUGACAUGGAGCUUGAGGACUUUAUUGGAGUGGGCAGCAUAUUUGAGAACUGGAGAGUAUGUAAGCCUGUCAUGUGUGACCUCAUUGUGCCAUUUGCAACACCAAAACCUUACAAAUUUCAGUUCGAGCUGUGGUGUGAUGAAUCCUCUGAAAUCCCAAUAGACCUUCAAGGAUGUGGGAGAAUUCAGAUCAUAAAGAUUAAUGAGAAUUGCCCUGACUGCCUUCCUGGCAAAACCACAGUUGAUGAGGACAUGCUAUGUCUGCUUCACAACAGAAACCACAACAGCAUUGCUGAUGAUCAUGCUUUGGAAAAACUACUCUGCUCAAAAAACACCUCAUAUUUGUCUAAAGAUCAGGUCAUGAAAUGGUUCCAGAUCUCAGUGACCCAAGCAUGGGGGCGGAUCUCCCACAAAUAUGAGUUUGAGCUCACUUUUCGCAACCUGGAUUAUCCUGGUGCCUUAAAGGUCAAGUUCAAAUCAGGAAAGGUUAUUUUUCUAAACAUUAUUCCUGCUUUUCAACUUGAAGACUCACAUGCAUACUUCGUCUCUCAUUUUCCUUCAGACUGUGGUGACACCACAGAUAUCCAUUGGCACCUCUCAUUUACUGUUUAUGAAAGAAACCUUCUCAAACACAUGGCAAAGAAACUUCCAGGAAACUCUUGUCAUCUCCGAUGCCUUCAACUUGUUUCUUUCUUGCACAAAAAACAGUCAGGUAUAAGAGGGAGAAGUGCCCUGACAAACUACCACCUGAAGACUGCCUUCUUGCAUCUACUGUUGAGUAAAUCUCCUUCAGCAUGGAGACCACAAAAUCUGGACCAGAGGUUUCGGGACUUGUUGGCUUUUCUUCAGAACUGUUUGCAGGAAAAGAGACUUACUCAUAUUAUCAUUGGGAACCCACUCAUUCCACUUGAAAUCGGCGUUCCAGAAAUAUUUCAGACUGUAGAACCAAUUAACCUUUUCAGACCUCUGGUAUUACAGAGGCAGGUAUAUGCAAAGAUGAUGGAAAAUUUUGAAGAGAUGCUGAAAAAUGUACCUGCACUUAUUCAAGAGUACGCACCACAUUUCCCUAAUGGUGGAAUCAAUUCAACAACCGUGUCUUAGAACGACUAUCUGUAUCAGUGGGAAUUUGGGACUGAGUAGGUUAUUCAUCAUCCCUAACAUAUGUAAAUAGUUGUCGUUUUUUUUACUGAAUUUACUUAUUAAAAAUGAUUGUACAUUGAUUAGAAAAAGCACUUGUGUGUCCUUAGACAAUAGGCAGCUAUUAUGUGCUAAUAUGCAAGGUAAUACAUAUACAGGUAAUUUUGAACAUGUACUGUAAUAAUAUUGUAAAAUGAGUCAUAUUAUUGUUCUUCAUCUGUACUAUAGCAGAAUUAAAAACUAUAUAUUUUUGU